GUGGUCCGGUUUCAGCGCUUGUGACGUGAUGACGUGUUGAGAUUAAUGCUCCCGCUGAGCCGCAGAGGAUGGAGCUGAGCUGAUGAACGGGAUGAGGGCUGAUGAUGAUGAUGAUGAUGAUGAUGAGAGAAGAAGGAGGAGGACGGUGGCGGAGGCGCAUCGACACAAGAGAUCGCCGACAUGAAGCUUUCAAUCCAUGGAAGUCCUCCGUCAUCUCCAAGUAAAACCAAAAACUCUCGGCGGUUCAUGGAACCCUGUCAUUUUACAUGGGAGCGAAUUUAACGGCACAGCGAACGCUGAAGGAGCCAAACACCGACUGAAAUUAGGAUUUCCGAGCAGUCUUACGGAUUGAAUUUGGUCUUGAAUUGUAAUUCUUUUCCUCCUCGUUAUCUUCACGGUGCUGCUGCUCUCCGGAGACGAAGCUAACAGCCGAAUUAAGCUAGCUGUUUGAUGAACUGUUGUGAUCAUCUUUAUUUUCCUCUCUGUUUCUGGGAGAAAAAAAAAUAUAUCGAUCAGGAACUCGAGCUCAGUUUAUAUAGAGACUCCGCUGUCUCUUGUUUCGUCUCGUAAUCGAGCUCGGUAAACUUGGGUUUUAUUUAGCUAACGGUAGCCGAUACGCCUGCUAGCAGGCGGUCAUCGAGCGUGCGCCGACACGUCUGCUCGGAUGAAAGCAACACCUCAACAAAAUGUACUCAAGAGCAUAACAACUGCAGCUGGGAGUGAAACAGCACUGUGGCUACCCACUCACAGCACAAACUGAAGCCCCGAACCCGGUUCCACCGCCAUCCACCAUCAGUUCGACUCCUCUCAGCAGGCAGAAUCCAGCAAAAUGGGAGAGCAGCCCAUCUUCAGUACACGUGCCCAUGUCUUCCAGAUUGACCCCACCACCAAGAAAAACUGGGUUCCCACAAGUAAACAUGCCGUUACAGUCUCCUAUUUUUUUGACAGUACCAGGAAUGUCUAUCGAAUCAUCAGUCUGGAUGGAUCAAAGGCAAUUAUCAACAGCACCAUCACUCCCAACAUGACGUUCACAAAGACGUCCCAAAAGUUUGGCCAGUGGGCUGACAGCAGGGCCAACACCGUCUACGGUCUGGGCUUUUCCUCCGAGAGCCACCUGGUGAAGUUUGCAGAUAAAUUUGCUGAGUUUAAGGAGGCAGCGCGGCUCGCCAAGGAGAAGUCUCAGGAGAAGAUGGAGCUCACCAGCACCCCCUCUCAGGAGUCUGCCCCAGGUGAUCUGCAGUCACCUUUGACCCCGGAGAGUAUCAACGGUACAGAUGAUGAGAGAGUCACCCCGGACGUGCCUCAGCACAUUGAAGCCAGAGCAGAGCCGUUGCAGAACGCGCUGCCCUUCUCGUACAGUUCAUCCAGCAUCAAUAAGCACUGGGAGGCGGAGCUGGAAGCACUGAAGGGAAACAACGCCAAGCUAACGGCGGCUCUGCUGGAGUCCACGGCCAACGUCAAACAGUGGAAGCAGCAGCUGGCAGCCUAUCAGGAAGAGGCCGAGAGGCUGCACAAACGGGUGACGGAGCUGGAGUGCGUGAGUGGGCAGGCGACAGUGAUCAAAUCCCAAAAGAUGGAACUGAACCAAACAAUCGAGGAGCUGGAGGCGGCGCUGAAAGCCAAAGAGGAGGAGUUAGAGGCGCUGAAAGCAGAAGUGGAGAGUGGUGCUGAGUUCCAAACUCAGAAAGACUCGCUCACACAGAAGCUCCAGGAGACGGAGUCACGGAACCAGACGCUGGAGGCCCAGCUGAGUGAGCUGGAGCAGCGUCUGGAGAGCAGCCAGCAGGAGAGAGAAGCCUUCAGGAAGAGUCUGCGCUCAAUGCUGGAGCUGCUGGACGGCAAGAUCUUCGAGCUGACCGAGCUGCGAGACACGCUUUCCAAACUCAUCGAGGCCAACUAGAGGAGAAGACGGGAAACCCAUCACUGCCACAGCCACCGCCGCGCCUCUGCGGUGCGGCCGGCGACGCGCACCGCCGCUGCCGCCACUCACUGCAUGCCAGCACUCACAUCGUCAUCGGUUUAAGUUCCAAAAAAGUAUGUUUACACCAACGUUUGGCUCUGGUGCAGCUCACGUUUACAGCAGCCUGUGCUCGGCCUUCGCUCACUCCUCUGCACCCAGCUGACGCACUCUUUGCUCUCCAGUUUGUUUUUUCCUCUGACUUUCAUUCCUUUGGAGAGGAUUUUUUUUGUAAUUUUUUUUCUCUCUUUCAACAAGGAUGUUAUUCAGUUCUGAGGUUUCUUUUGUUGCACUGGACUUCUUUGUCUCUUUGCAGUGUGUGUGUGUGUAUCAUGAUCAGCCAGAUCAGCCAAAUUUCCAGAGUCUCAUUUUGAUGCUUUGCAGCUUUUCCUACACUCUGAGGUUUCUUAAUUUUGAUAUUUGAACUCUGGAGGUCGACUGAGUCGAAUGUGAUGAUGAAACCUUCCUGCUGACAGCGUUCUCCCGUGACUGUGACUCCGCUUCCAGAUGACGGCCGGGAGGACGUCUUCAUAUAUUUGUCCUACAACAUACGAGCAAUACAGAAACGCAGUAUCUGAGGACAAUCUCUUUUCAGUCUCGCCUUCAGGUAAUUUCCUCUGAUACAGAUGACACCAUGACGGCGGCGUCUAUCUUUAUACACUUUGUGCACUUGUAAAAAUGGAGUUGUGCGUCUGGGUGAAUCUCAUUUGCUUUUCUUUCCCGCCCUCUUUCUGUUGCGACUUGAGGUGGAAAUGACUAAACCCUCUGUGAUGGGUAACUGGCCGGUAGGCCGCUAAUCCUAUGUUGCGGCACGGCAUCUGUUGUCGUCAGUUUAUUGCGAUAUCUGUUUUUUUGUUUGUUUGUUUUUGUUUUCUAUUUUGGCAAGGGUGUAGUAUGGGUCCUUAACAUUGUUCCCGUCCAAAAGUCAUAUUAGUAGAUUGGUUCAUUUGGAAAUGGUGGCCAUUUUUAUGCCAAAAAUAGCUAUUUUGAGCGCUUAAAGGCAAUUUUCUCAAAAACUGUCAAACUUUUUUCAAAGU